AUGCUUGUUACUCUUAGAGCCGCUCCCGGCUCCAAACUCGACUCCACCUACACCAAAUCCGUGAAGCAAAUCCCCUACAACAUCUCCGUCAUCGAAAUCAGCGCGCCGAUCAUCGCGCCGGGGAUCCUCACGGCGCCGCCGCCCUCCGCCGACGUUAACAUUACCGCUCUCAUCGAGAAAGCGGGAUGCAAAACGUUCGCUAACCUAAUCGCCUCUAACGGACUCGUUAAAACGUUUCAGUCAACGGCUGAUAAAGGUUUGACUAUUUUCGCGCCGAAUGAUGAAGCGUUCAAGGCCAAAGGCGUACCUGAUUUGAAAAAGCUCACCAACGCUGAGGUAGUCUCGCUCCUACAGUAUCACGCCGCCGCCAAGUACCUUCCUAUCGGAUCCUUGAAAACGACCAAAGGCUCCGUAGCUACCUUGGCCUCCAACGGCGCCGGAAAGUUCGACUUCACCGUCUCCGUCGCCGGAGAUUCCGUCACGCUCCACACUGGCGUAGAUUCCUCCAGGAUUGCGGAUACCGUGCUCGAUUCGACUCCGCUUUCGAUUUACUCUGUCGACAGCGUUCUCCUUCCGUCGGAACUGUUCGCGAAGUCGCCGUCGCCUGCUCCCGCGCCGGAGCCUGCUUCCGCGCCGUCUCCUUCUCCGAGGCUGGCUCCGUCGCCUUCGCCGCUUCCCGCGUCG